AUGCGUGAAAGUGGUAUAAAAUGUGGUAUUUGUCAACUACAGGAUGCAAAAUAUAAAUGUCCAAAAUGUGGCAUAAGGUAUUGUUCUUUGAAAUGCUUUAAAGAUGAAUUAAAACACAACCAUAAUACUGUAGAGAAGAAAGAUGAGGUAAAAGAAGCAAAUAAGAGUGAGCAAACGGCGGCGGCUGUUGAAGUCAAAUCUGGAGAGUUUGGUCAAAUUUAUAAUGAAACCCCGGAGUUGAAAGAAUUAUUAAAGUAUAAUACGGUAAAGUUUCAUCUAUCCAAAGUAUAUAGAAUAUUGAAUACGAAUACUGGGAACGGCGGGUCUCUGAGUACAGAAAUGAAGAACCAAUUGGCCAUAGAUUAUCUUAACACCUUAAGGUAUGGCGGUGUGCAUUAUAAUGAAGCUAUCGAAGAGUUCUGUCAAAUAUGUUUAAGGAAACUUGAAACAGCGGACACUGGAGAAGAACUCUCAUUAGCGUAG